GCCAUCUGUGACCAAUCGGAAGACGCGAUCGUAUCUCAACGGAUUGUAGAAACGUUCAAAACACGUUGUUGACGUUGACGGCUAUCCCUGCAUGAUUAUCGCUCCGCUUAACCGCAAGCUGAGGGUAUUUGUUCACCGCAAGGAUAUUUAUACAAUCAUAAUUGAAAGCUCCUGACGAAUAAUAUACAAGAAUAGACAACCCGCGAUAAAGAGCAUCGACAAAUGCAGCAUGAAUUUUUCCAGGCAGCAAUUUAGUGCUCGCAAACAACGAAACAACCCGGCUCCAAAAACAUUCCACCUCUCGCUAAAAAAAAACCGAAACCUAAAGCAAGAGCAAGAAUUUGCCAAAGAGAACAAUCCAAGCGCAGUUAACACAGACGAGGGAAUAUACAACUACCGCAAUGCGGAAAUUUGCGGAUCCGAAACCUCAAGUUCACCAGAUUCGCAGAACUACAAUUUACGACUUUCGGACAGCCUUACUGACACCAUUGACAAGAAGAAACCCUCAUAUCAGAAAAGCAACGAUUUGAGACAUGCUACUCGUGAGAAUCGCAGUAUAGUACUAGUCAGUGACUCUAGUGCCAGCAGUAUCAGCAGCAAUAAAAGUUUACCUCGUGCAAACAGAAGUAAAAAAUCUACAUCCCCAUUCUAUAGGAGCAAAGAGAAGAGGCAUGGUAAUACUACAGACACAAUUGUACUAGACUCCUCGGACAGCGACGAAAAUUUCAGUACGAACAAAGAGUGCAAAGGUGUAAUUACCUUAGAUAGUGACGAUGAUAGCGUUCUUAAUACUCUGAGAAUCGAAAAAGACGUCUUCGAAAAAUCUAACAAAAGCAAUUCCAGGUAUCUUGCAACUGAUAACUUGUCGCUGGGCAGUACAGAAAGCGUGAGUAAAAUACUGACCAGCUAUGAUAAACGGGGUGAUAAAAACUCGGAAAAAAUUGGUAUCGCCGAAUUUGCACAGGUCUCAAAUCGUCACAAUAAGUCUCACAACUCCACCGGUGGAUCAAGCAGCACACAUCUCAGCCUGGAAUCAAACAUUGUGCAAAACAAUGGCUUGCUGAAUGAGUAUAAAGUGAUCAGUGAGUCUUCUUCAUCGAAUGAUGAAUCUAACAAAGGAUUGAGUGUGGAUUUAAAGCACAACGAUAAUUUCCGCAUUGACAAGAGGAGAUCUAAGCUGAACAAGCUGACCAGCAGUGACAAUCAGCAAGGAAAUAAAUCCCUCGCAAAUAUCAGUUCAAAAUCUAAUUCUAAAUCGCUGUUAGUAUCAAAACCUUAUGAUUCUGUGAAGCUAACAAAAAAGGAUGCGCAGAGAAUAUUCAAAGGACGAAAAAACAACACUGAUUCUCACUGGACCCCAAAUGUAGCUUCUCCUUAUUUCAAAGAAACACGUAAAUCUCUGUCCGGUUCUUCACUAGAUGGGCCAGACGAGGUGACGAGCAGAAAUGUAAUAAACGAAACAGAGUCUGAUAUUCUGACAACAGAGUCGAGCUCAGACAAGGAAAUGAGAGGCAAAUCGCCACAAAAUUUGAGGCUGAGUAAAACUCAUAUCAGCAGAUUCAUAAAUCCGUCUAAUCAAGAGCAGCAAUACGAAGGUUUGUCGGACAGAAAAAAAAAUGAAAUUUCAGAGUGGCUGAUGAACAAUUCACCGGGCUCGACCAGCUCGUCCAGCAUCAUUUCAGAAAGCAACAGAAACAGCAGUUUUGGCAACAGCAGUCUCGAGCGGUUUGAACUUAAACACGAGACUCCCAAUAAUCGAGGGAAAAUAUCCAAGCCUGGUACGUCUGAGAAGGUAAUGAACAUUCCAGGCCCCUUAGAUCGUUUCAUAUACAAAGGUAAAACUAGCGUUUUGAAAAAUCAAACUCCCCUCGGAGUUGGCAGUACUGAAAAGACGAAAACCAGUCUGGAUGAGCAUAUAACGCCAGCGGCUCGCCCAAAACCAGCCGAAGAUGAGAAGAGAAAUCAACCCAUAGUAACUGCUAUUCAAGACCUUCACAUUGACGAUUGUACUAAUAUUUUAGACAAACUUUAUGGGAAUUUAUGGAGGAAAAAGGCUGACGCUGUACUUACGCCACAAACGGAUCUCCGACUACAGAAAAAUGUGGUCAACAGGAAAGUGAGUCAGACUGAAAGAAAACAGACCUCAAAGGCUACUACAAAAAGUGGAAUAUUAUCUAGCUCUGAAGACGACGAGUUUGAAAUUUUCACUAAAGAUAUAAGGCCGAAUUUUAAUUCGACAAAGAAGAAACUAUCCAGAGACAGCUUUAUCACUGAUAAAUCACCAUCGGAAAACAGUGAAGAAAGUUUCUAUUACACAGCUCUGACAAACCCUAGGGUAUCGAAGGAUAAUUUCCCACGAAAACCACAAGCAGUGCCAAUUUCAGCCUCCACCAAAAAAGCCAUUGCAAUUUGCGAUUCAGACUCUGAUGAGGACGAAAAUUGCCACCCAAAACUAGACAAGGAUUUUAAUAGAAAAAGACUGUCAUUUAGCGAGGACGCAAGCAAUUCUAGCACAAGUGAAUUUGAUCCAGGGGAAGUCGUUUUUCCAAAACCAAGUGCAAAAAAAGCUCCGGCGAAAAAGGUCCCACAAAGAUCGAAGUUAAACGAUAUUAUAAGUACUCAACAACAAACUACGAAAAGUUUUUUGGCCUCUUUAUCAGCAACCGUACCGAUCCAAUACUGUCAUCCUGAAGCAAGGGCUUUCAGAAAUAAUUACAAGAACAAAAAAGAGGAGCUAUGCAAAUACCUGUUCAAAUUAUACAACAAAGAGAUAUUUGAUGGAAAGCUGCCAGAUGAUAUGGCUUUAGAAUGGAAUGUGAGAAUGCGUGGAACAGCAGGUUUCUGUUAUAACAAAAAGUCAAUAAAGAGUAUCGGCGGAAUCGUCAGAUCGUCAAGAAUAGUUUUGGCCACCAAAAUUUUGGACACCCCGGAUCGACUGCGAGACACUUUGGUCCACGAAAUGUGCCAUGCUGCUGCAUGGUUGAUAAACCAAGUUUCCGAUGGACACGGACCAUACUGGAAAGGAUGGGCAAGCAAAGCAGUGAAAAAAUUCCCGGAACUACCACCGAUAAAACGUUGCCACGAUUAUAAAAUCAAGACCAAGUAUACGUAUAGAUGCACUAAAUGUGGUUACAGCAUUGGAAGGCAUUCGAAAUCGCUCAAUGUGGAAAACAAGCGGUGUGGUCAUUGCUAUGGAAAGUUUGAACUUUUGAUCAACCGAACAACGAGAUCGGGAACAAUGCAGACGGCGACUCCAGCGCAAACCAGAACACCGUCAAGGUUUGCUCUCUACGUUAAGGAGAAUUAUCACUUGGUUAAAAAAGAGCGCAGGAGUAUAAAGCAUGCAGAAGUAAUGAAAAUUCUUGGGCAACAGUUUUCCGCUGUUAAAAUUGGAAGGAAAGAAGCCGAGGAAAACAAAACUUUCCAAUGAAAAUAUUGAUUUUUGUUACCUAACGAUGUACGUAUGUACAGUAGAUGUAAUACUUUGAGGACCCUCAAUGGUUUCCAUUGCCGGCACUGGAAUAUUGUGUAUAUUAUAACAAUUAUGACGAACGCCGACUCUAAAAGACUGACGACGACAAGUCUCGUGAGAUUUAUGAAAUUUUUCUACAGCUUUAAACCAGAUUUAAGUAGCGUUAUUUACAUUUAAUAUGUAACUGAUAAACAAGCGAUUUGUAAUAAUGUAAUAAUAUGGCGUAAAAAGAGAAUAUAUU